UUUUGAAAGACAAGAGGAAAAAAAACGAAGAAAGAUGGUGCAUCCAUUGGUUGAUAGGGCCACAAGUGACAUGCUCAUUGGCCCUGAUUGGGCAAUGAACCUCGAGAUAUGUGACAUGCUUAAUCAUGAGCCUGGGCAAACAAGAGAGGUAGUGAGUGGCAUAAAGAAGAGGCUUACUAGUAGAACUUCCAAGGUUCAGCUGUUGGCUCUUACAUUACUAGAGACAAUUAUGAACAAUUGUGGGGAACUUAUUCAUAUGCAAGUUGCAGAGAAGGAUAUACUUCAUAAGAUGGUGAAGAUGGCCAAAAAGAAGCCUAACAUCCAAGUGAGGGAGAAGAUAUUGAUACUUAUAGAUACUUGGCAAGAGAGCUUUUCAGGUCCACAAGGAAGACAUCCACAAUAUUAUGCAGCAUACCAAGAACUGUUGCGUGCAGGAAUUGUAUUCCCUCAAAGACCUCAUACCACACUCAGUUCAGGACAAACUGGUCCUUCGAUAACGUACCCUCAGAAUUCUCGUAAUGCUAGACAAGCAACUACUGAUACUUCAACGGAGUCAGAAUUUCCAACUUUGAGUUUGACAGAAAUUCAAAAUGCUAGAGGAAUUAUGGAUGUCUUAGCUGAAAUGAUGAACGCAAUAGAUAAAAACAACAAAGAGGGGCUUAAACAAGAGGUUCUUGUAGAUCUCGUUAGCCAAUGUCGCACUUAUAAACAAAGAGUAGUACACCUCGUAAACUCCACAUCAGAUGAAUCAUUGCUUUGCCAAGGCCUAGCCUUAAAUGACGAUUUGCAGCGCUUACUUGCGAAGCACGAAUCCAUAGCCUCUGGAAACAGUAUGAUAGAAAAGGAAGAUAAAUCUAAAAAGGAAGUUCCUAAGGACACAACUCAGAUCAUAGAUGUUGGUUCAAGUGAAACCAAAGCUAGUAGUGUUGUGGCUUCUGCAACAAAUGGUCCAAAAAUAGACCUUCUAAGUGGUGAUGACUUUGAGACUCCGAAUGCGGAAAACUCAUUAGCCCUUGUUCCUCUCGGACCUCCACAACCAAGUAGUCCCGUAGCAACGCCAGAUAACUCCAUCGUCUUGAUCGAUAUGUUAUCAGAUAACAACUGCGAAAGCUCUACUCCUACUUCGAAUCCACACGCACAGAAUCAGAUGGUGCAACAACAUCACUCAAAUGGAUUUGGACCAGCUGGCCAUCAAGAGCAACCUUUUUAUGGACAAGGGUCAUCUGGUCCUGUUUGGAAUCUCCAAAUUACCCAACAACACCAACAACCAUCUUCUCCUGCCUACGGAAACCAACCGUUUUCGUCUAACUUUAGCCCGCCCGCCUCUCCUCACUAUGGUGCACAAAACAAGAAUGUUCUAGCAUUACCCCCACCACCAUGGGAAGCUCAAUCUCCAAGCUCGAGCCCUCAAUACUCUCCUACUCAUCCAAUGCAAGUGACUCAAGUGGUCAUCACCACACACACUCAUCAACCUCUCGGUUACAACCCUCAAGGCGGCUCCCCUCAUCCCCCGAACAACAACAACUUGUUCGGAAUGUUCCUCCGUCCAAUGACAGGAGGCCACAUGCCACCCUUUGGCCACAACCCAAACAUCAUAAACAACAACUACAAUCCCGCCAUGUACGGAGGAGGCUACGGAGGAGGACAAGCUCAGCAACCACAACAGUAUCUUCUAGAACAACAAAUGUACGGCAUGUCUCUUCAAGACAAUGGAAACAACAACAAUACAAACCCUUACCAAGUUUCUUCUCAUCAUCAACAGCCUUUGGCUCUUAACCAUCCACCAAUGAUGAAGCCUAUGAAUAAGAAACCAGAAGACAAGUUGUUUGGUGAUCUUGUUGAACUCUCCAAAUUCAAGAAACCCACUUCAGGACGAGCUGGUAAAAUUCUCACUUCUUCUUCAAUGGAGGAAGACGACGACUCGAUCUCUGCUGAAUCAAUCUCUCUCGACACUCUAGCUUCUAUUAGAUCACUCAUUAUCAACGCCGACACUUCCGACUCUGUAAUUUCCUCGGUGUUCGAUUUCCUUACUGAUCUUCUAAGUCGAGGGGACUCGCCGGUUCUUCACCACAUCCUCAAGCUACUCUCCGACCUUGCCUUCCGGCGAAAGGAAUUAGCACCAAAGAUCUUCGACUCGGUCCUUUCCAACUUACUCCGCCUUCAAAACUCCGCCGCCGUGGAAUCGCUUGCUGUGCUGGCGUCGUUAUCCGAAAGAUACCCUAGCAUAGCCACCGCGCUUUCCAAAAUCGACGGCGAGGUAUUUGCGUCGAUUUGCCUCGGAGCACCUGUAUCGUCUCGGCUGUGGCUACUUAGGAACGCGGAGAGGUUCAAUGUCCCGUCAUCCGUACUUUUCACCUUGUUUUUAGGGUUUACCAAGGAUCCGUAUCCGUAUAUCAGAAAACUAGCUCUGGAUGGAUUGAUUAGUAUAUGUAAGGCUGGUGACUUGAAUCACGCUCAUGCCGUGGAAGGUUGCUAUACUCGUGCUGUUGAGCUUCUAGGCGAUGCUGAAGAUAGCGUCAGAUCUUCUGCUGUUCGUGCCGUCAGUGUCUGGGGAAAAGUGAUGAUUGCAUCUAAGGAAGAAGAGGUGGACAGAAGAGAAUGUACAGAUGCUGUGUUUCUCCAGCUUUGUUCUAUUGUGAGAGAUAUGAGUGUAGACGUGAGGGUUGAGGUCUUCAGGGGAUUUGGGGUUAUAGGAACUGCAUCAGAAAGCAUUAUAUCGCAAACAAUUUCUAAAAAAGUAUUGGGAGCCGGGAAAGGGAAGAAACCGCGGAAUCAUCUUUCGAAUGUAUCAGCUGAUGUCGCUGCUGCAGCUGGAGUUUUCAUCCAUGGUUUUGAAGAUGAAUUCUACGAGGUACGGGAAGCUGCGGUUGACUCCUUCCACUCCCUCUCAGUAAAUUCUAUCAAAUUCCCAGAUGAAGCUGUUUACCUAUUGAUGGAUAUGCUAUACGAUGAUUAUAUGGUUGUCAAGUUGAAAGCUUUAGAUGCAUUGCAUCAUAUAGCAGACUUGGGGGACCUGAAGAUACAGGAAACUUAUAUGCCCGCCUUUUUGGAAGCUAUUGUUGAUACUUCUGAGAACAUAAGAGUUGAGGCUAGAAACAUUCUUAAACUGGCAAAGCUGCCUGAUUUGAAGCUGGUCGACAAAUGUGUUGAUGGUGUCCUAAAAAGUUUAGAGAUGUAUCCACAGGACGAACCUGAUACCUUGUCUGCCCUGUUCCAUUUCGGACAAAACCACGCAAAGUUCUUAGCCAGUCUGGUUAAGAGAUUUAAUGAAAAGUUAGGGACAGCUUCCGGAAAUAAAUCUGAAUUCAACAGCCGACACUUAUCUGCAUCUCUUAUGCUGAUAAUCUCAGCCCCUCUCUCAAACAAACAAAGCAUCACCUCCAUACCACCCCUGGCUUUUUCAUAUUCACUUGCAAUGCUGGGGAAAUUCUCUCGUGGCCUUCAUGAAAUGAUGGACCAGGAUACGCUUUUGGCUUACUUGACUCAUUGCACUAUUCUUUCUGCUUCUUCGGGUACAGAAUUCCACAAAGGAGAUAUAUUUUUUCAUGCAUAUAGGCACGGUAAUGCAGAUUUGGCUGGAAACCCUGUCUUACUACCAAGCAAAGAUAUAUCUAAUGAGAGUAAUCAAGCACUCAAGUUUGUUAACUAUAUACUGUUGAAAAUAAAGGCUGCCUGGUUGUUAUCACAAUCAGGGUGCUCGAAAGAAGCACUCCGAGCGUUGAGGGCUUGCAAACGGGAGUUAGCAAUUUUGACAGCCGAUUCUUCAAUCUCCAUUGGUGCAUUGCAGUUUAUGUGUCAGUACAUUCACGUAAUAGAACUUCUCGCUCAAGUAUGCUCUCAUUUCGAAUACCCAAGACACAUCAGCACGUCUAGAUCUGUAGAACCGGAAAUACUGAUGGAAGAGGUGGAGAUCAAACUGAUGGAGAUAAGGUGUAGAUUCACAGGCUUGUCUAUGGAGGUGUCGUUAGUAAUGGAGCUAGUAAUUUUUGGUUCCUUGUUAAGGCUAUAUAGAUUUGAGACUUGCUGCCGCCUUAGCUGCAUGGAGAAGCUAACUUCAACGAUAUCUCAAUUAGAGCUCCACCACGAACAACAAUGCACCAAACCAUCAGAUUUUCUAACUGAAACUAAGAAGUCAUUGCUAGAGAUUGGGAGCUCUGCUAAUAUUAAUUGCUGUAGACUGCUUCAUCUCAUCAAGAUAUUUAGUUGCUUCUCUCCGGAACAGUUUACGUUCUCUAGUAAUCUGCAGUGUGUGAGCGCAGAGCUAGAGGUUCCUGGUAAUGGUCCUUACAGUCCGAUUUCGUUUUUGCCUGGUCUCCCAGUGGCUAUUCAGUGUGAGAUCACGCUGCUUAAUGUGCCAAGGAAUACCUGUUUGUGGCUGAGAAUAUCCAGAAGCGAUGAAACUUGCCAGUUUGUGUACGUGAAUCCAAACCUCUACAAUGGAGAUGCGAGAGAGAAGAAGUUCAUGUUUAAUGCAGUAACCUACAUGACCCCGAGGGCUGCUAUGUUCACAUUGCGGGUCUCAAUAGGCAUAGAGUGUUUGUCUGAAGACAUUUGUUACAGGAAAGGGCGUCAUGGUCCCAAGCAUCCAGUGGCCUAUCUGUGUAAGGAAAGAGAAGUUCACCUUAACCUUGUUUCAAGAACCUAAGGACAAACAGUUGACAUUUUGUGAAUUAUGCAAAAGUUAGAGAUUCUUGUUUUGAGAAACUGAUCAGUGUGAGAUAACUAUACAGUGCUAACUGUUAAAGCUAAAGCAUAUGCGUUAGUAUUCCAACAAUAUAACCAGAAUUCAAAUGGGAAGAAUGGAGUAUUAUAUAUCUUCAGCUAUCACCUCAAGAUUCAAAGUUCAGUCUAAAUACAAGUUUAAGGUUAGAUGGCUGCUCGACUCAUCGGAGACACCAAAGCCUUUGAAAUACAUCCGACUCACCAGAAUCUGCAAAUUGACGGCUUUUGCUACCCUGAGCGUCCUCGAACCACCGGGAAACACAUUCUUACACAACCUCCGACAACUGUUUUGCUUCCUCCAACUCCGCCUCCUCCGAUUCCAUCUACUAUCUAUCUUGUGUGUUUAGACAUGUGACGUGUCAAAAAAGGUAUAUUCUGUCUGUGCCAACUUUUUUAAUAACCAUCAACUCUCAAAAAUGUAUACAAAAAUGUCAAGCUCUGAACAAUUAAAUUAAAUGACUAAGUAAAAUUAAAUUCUGCCGUUUUUCA